GCAUCUCCAGCAUCUCGUGUCCAUGGCAACUGCAGUCAUGCAUGUAGGUAUCUGUGUGUGUGUUCUCCUGGCUGCUCUAUCCAGCAGUUCCCUGAGUCUUCCCUCACAGUCCAUGUCACAGACAGCCGGGGGUGAGGCCCGGGGGUCGGACAGCCUGCCCCCCCCCUCCUCCUCCCUCACCCACACACGCCGGGCCCGCUCGGCCGCGGCGCCCCCCGCAGGCCUCCUCGCCAACUACAACCAACUCCAGGAGGAAGCCAACGCUCGCAGCAGCCUGAGGCAGCUGCUGGCCCGACUCAUCUCCAGGAAAGGCUCCCCCUCUGAGACCAGGGGCCCCCUCAGCAGCCGGGCCAGCGGUCUGGCCCCGGGCCACAGGAUAAAGGACCGGGACUACGAGGGCUGGAUGGACUUCGGGCGGCGCAGCGCGGAGCAGUACGAGUCCUAGAGGCUCGGGCCGCACCCCCAUCGCCGCCACACACACACACACACACGAUGAGCCCCCUCACACCCGCUCACUGGAACCAGGCGGACUCCACUGGCCCACAUGAGUCCAGCAUCACCGUAUAUACAUGGAGGGGGGGGGGGGGCUGAGUCCAGAGCUCCGGCCAACCUGCUGCCCACUGCGUCAGUUGUAUUCAAGCACAAGUGUUACAGAUGACGCUGACGAUAUUAUAUGUUGUUGUUGUCAGGAAAUCCUAAACAAAUAUAUAUAAUAAAAAACCCAAUAUGAAUAUUAUA